GAUAUGGGUGACGGAUUCAUGGCGGUUCCAUUGCGGUCGUCAGCCACAGGAAAGCCGAUAAGAUCAGCCGCUGAUCUUGACUGCAAGGACUUUGAUGCUUGUCGAUGGAGAACUGGUGGCGAGGCUGCGAAACCAUGGCAGAUGUCGUCGAGUCCACUUCCACGCGAAUUGAUUUUCAGCGCCACCGGUAAUUAUGUCGGGCCUGAGGGAACCUACAGUGUGCUUUAUAUAGAGCAGGAUACAAAGGUAAUUGUUACUGUUUCCGGAAUUCCCACCCCAGACCUUUGCAAUGUGCAGGAAGCUUAUGAAAAUUCAGUGACUGAGUCCUCAAAUCUAAGCAGUUAA